UAUGUUGGAAACAAUAAAUUUUAGCAAGUUUUCUUGGUAGAGGUACCAAAGCAUCUUAUAGAAGUUUUCUUUAAGGAUUCCCUUGCAAAGCAGUGUCAAAAACCACAGGAUUUGAUCCAUUUCUGCAUGGCAAUGUCAAACAAGCACCUGCUAAUGCCUCUCCAAAGUUAAUCGAGUUGUUUGAGAAAAUCAUCAUGGGAGGAGCUGUGAGCGCAGGAGAAGACAAUGACGAUUUAAUUGAUAACUUGAAAGAAGCACAAUAUAUUCGCACUGAGAAAGUGGAGCAAGCCUUCAGAGCUAUUGAUCGUGGUGAUUACUAUCUGGAAGGAUAUAGGGAAAAUGCAUAUAAAGAUCUGGCUUGGAAGCAUGGAAAUAUACAUUUAUCAGCGCCUUGCAUUUAUUCUGAAGUAAUGGAAGCACUGAAACUUCAGCCAGGAUUGUCUUUUCUUAAUCUGGGUAGUGGAACUGGCUAUUUAAGCACUAUGGUGGGAUUGAUAUUAGGUCCUUUUGGAAUAAAUCAUGGAAUAGAACUUCACCCAGAUGUGGUAGAAUAUGCAAAGGAAAAACUGGAGAGCUUCAUAAAAUAUAGUGAUAGUUUUGAUAAGUUUGAAUUUUGUGAACCUGCCUUUGUAGUUGGCAACUGUUUGCAGAUAGCGUCUGACAGUCAUCAGUAUGACCGGAUUUACUGUGGAGCUGGAGUCCAGAAAGACCAUGAGAACUAUAUGAAAAUCUUACUGAAAGUUGGAGGCAUUCUAGUUAUGCCCAUAGAAGAUCAGAUCUCAAAGGGCUUUUCUACGCUAACACAGAUUCUAAGAACCGGACAAAGUACUUGGGAAAGUAAAAAUAUCCUGGCUGUUUCAUUUGCUCCACUUGUGCAACCAAGCAAGAAUGACAGUAGCAAAAAUGAUACUGUGGGAUUGCCCCCCUGUGCAGUUAGGAAUCUACAGGACUUGGCUCGGAUCUAUAUUAGGCGCACUCUUAGAAACUAUAUAAAUGAGGAGAUGCAAGCCAAAGGUGUUGUCCAGAAGCCACCACCAAAACGUAAACGCAGAAGGUGCCGCAGGCGCAGGAUUAACACCUAUGUGUUUGUAGGUAAUCAGCUCAUUCCUCAGCCACUAGAUAGCGAGGAAGAUGAAAAGAUGGAAGAAGACAGCAAAGAGGAAGAAGAGAAAGAUCACAAUGAAGUAUUGAAGCCUGAAGAACCCCCACGAAAUCUCUUGCGGGAAAAAAUAAUGAGCUUACCACUCCCUGAAUCACUAAAAGCCUACUUGACAUACUAUAGAGAAAAAUAGCUUGUUUUAAGUAGAAGUGAUAAUGCUGACUUGUUAGUUCCAUUAUUCUUGAAAUGUAGCAUUUACUAAGAAAUAGGGGGACAAAUACCAGUAGUCUUUCUGCAAGACUAAAGUGCAGUGAUGGAAUGAAACAUAACCUGUCUUAACUUUGCUACAAAGACUUGCAUUCAGCAGUAGACUCCUGUUUUAGAUCAUUUUUUUUGUUAACUUUUGACAAAGAUGUUCUUUUAACUCUGAUAGGAAUAUAUUCCAAAGUCGUACGCAGCACUGGUUUGCAUGAUAAACCUUUUUUUUUGCCCAGAAAAAUUUGUAUUGAUGGACCCAAAUAAAAUUUGUACCUGUGAACGAUUGAACAAAUAUGUUAGACAUCAGUAGGAUCUGUCUGCAUUAAUCGUCUUAGGAAAGUUUUUGAACUUGUGGACAUUUCUCAUCUCACAUUGAAUGAGAACCUUAUUAUUUUACCAUGGCUACGUUGCAAUCAUUGUUACCGUCUUGAUGUAAGUGUAUUCCAAGGAAUACGUGUGUGCAAUAACUUUGUGUGCAGACACUGAAUGAACUGGCUUUAAUGAAAUAUUAACAUUUAAGUUCAGUGAUGUCAGACAACCCUGCUGUACUUUCUGUUGUAUCUCUUGCCAAAAGAUCUCAAGAAAAGUGGCUUGCUUCUCUCAGAGCCUUAAUAAUAAAAAAAAGAUUAUAAUGUUUUUUUAAAAAAACUACUUCAACCCUAUUUUGUUAGCUCCAAUCUGUAAUAUUCAUAAAGAUUUCUGAACUUUUCACCAUUUAUGGACAUUACUUUUGUUUUCAUGGUACAGAAAGCAUAUUUCAUAUGUAGAAGACUGUAAUUUAGGUUUCAACUACUAUAUUUAGUCCUUAAAUAGAGUAGAAUAUGUUUUAAAAAAAUUAGCCAGUACUGCUUGUUUGCAUAGUUGUAAUGGUAGCAUUUUAAGGAUUUGUUCAGCAGGUGCACUUUAAGUGGAUUCUGUUCCUUAUUUAUCUCAGAUAAGACAAGGUUCCUAUAUUUGCUAUCAAUUUUCUUUCUUUUUGAACUUAAUUGAGUUGCAAGCUUGGAGACUGAUACUGCUUUGUUCCAGCUGCCAAUUUUGUUUCUGUUCAAUGACAUUGUUUGCAGGGGUUACUUUCUUUUUGCAUGAUGGAGAGUCUAAUUUUUGCUAGGUUUAUAAUUCUAAUAUUUUGUGUAAAAUAUCCAUGGGAUAGUAUGGAAUUCUAGAUAUGCUGUACAAACUGUUGCUGUUAAGUACUCAUGAUCUGUUAGGGCCCAAUCAAAAGCAUUCCUUCAUGGAGAAAAUUCCUGCAAAACUUACUUCUGUGGUUAUAUCAAUAUCAAAUGGAACAUCCUUAAAGCAAAUACAAUCAGGACAUUUGAGCAUUCAUAUAUUCCACCCAAUCUGCCAUUUGUAGAUGGAAAUCAGUCCAACUCAAUCUGAUGGUCAUAUUUUGUGAUAUCCGCUUUAAAAUAAUGGGCUGAAUCUAAUGCUUCUGUGAGCAGAGUGAUUUUAAUGAUUUUAUUUCUAUUGGCUUCCUCUUGUCCCAGCAGCCAUACAUACAUAGACCAUAAAGUCACUGCUGUCCUGGGCAGAGUAACAUGCAGUAACAAGAAUUGGAGCAACGGGAAUCUCUUUCCCUCUCUUUGCACAGACAGACCUCAGAUAUGUGACAUUUAUUCAACAUGUGUUAGAGGGAGAAAGAGCAAAUAAGGUUGUUUCUUGCUGCAAUUUCCAGGCUUCUAGAGAUCAGGAAUCUGAUAAAAAUAAUUUCCAUAAACAUAGUCUUUUGCAGAAACACUGGAUCCCACACUCAAAAACAUCUUACUGGACACAAUCUAUGGAUUAUAAGUUUCUGCUUUGUAUGCUAUUUAAAGUUUUGCCUGGCUGAUUGAAAAUUCAGCUCCAUUAAAAGGAAGCUGAUUGGUUUGCUAACCAGCAUGUUGAGUUGGUUUCUGAAAAUUACUUAAAACAAAUGAACCUACUUGUUAUUGCAAUUAAUUGUCCCAGCCUUCUUUCAAGGUUUGAGAAUUGACAGUUUCCUAAGCAAGGGUACAACGGCAGAAGUUCUAAAGGUUGGGAAAACGUCACAUCUGUUCUGUUUUAAAUAGAAUGAAAUUUUCAGCAUUCUGAGAUUCAGCUUGUGUCUUUUAAUCUUGAAAUGCCAUAUACAGUUCUCUGUGCAUUUAAAGUGCAAAUGAUUAAAAAUUAUUUAAGGAGAAACUUAACACAGGAGGCUUUUGAAGAAUGACUUCAUGCAUUUUCCCCUUUUGUUGUAUUGUUCUGAUGGACAAUAAGCGAGUCAUUAUGUAAUUAUCUGUUAUGUAAUUUUUGGUGUCACGGAAACAAUGCUUCUUUUGUGUUUGUGGAUUUAUUUCACAUUCUUGAAUUUAUAUUCACUUUUAAAUAAAAGCAUAAAAUGAAAAAUGAAUCCAAAUUAAACUUUUUGGCAUAGUUACAAUAAAAUGUUUCUGGUGGUUUUA